AUGCAGAGGCCUGAUUCACCGGAAGGUGAUCUCACCCCGUACCUGAUUCAUCGCCGAGACGCCGCCAUACAGAGGCCUGAUUCACCGGAAGGGGAUCUCAUCCCAGGCCUGACUCACCGGAAGGACGAUCUCAUCCCUUACCCGAUUCAUCGCCGGGACGCCGCCAUACGGGGGCCCGAGUUCACCGGAAGAGACGCCGCCAUACAGAUGCCUGAUUCCCCGGAAGGUGAUCUCAUCCCGUACCCGAUUCUCGCCGAGACGCCGCCAUACAGGGGCCUGACUCACCGGAAAGCCGAUGUCACCCCGUACCUGAUUCAUCCCAAAGACUCCGCCAUGCAGAAGCCUGACUCACCGGAAGGA